AUGGCCGCGUAUCUUUCAAUCUGUAAAUCCGCUGCUUCGCGACGAGUCAAGUUCAAAUUCUUUGAUCCCUUCUACGCAAUCCCCUACCACGCCCAUCAUUACAGUCCGAGUAUGCGCUUCAUCCUCGUAACAUCCAUACCAGAGUAUGCGCUUCAUCCUCGUAACAUCCAUACCGCUGUACAAACAACAACCAUAGUCGCAUGCCUGUAUUUGUCAACUACCCUAUCCACUCGGUCGGUUACCUUUCCGAUAGCUGUCAGUUUACUGGCAAUGCUUUCUGCUAUAUUAUUCUGUAAUAGAUCAGUUUAG